GACUGACUCCGUGUCGAAUCGACAGCGAUUGCGCGCAUCGUGAUUCGAGCAGGCUGCAAAGAAAAUUACAUCGAUCGUUCAUAAACACUGCUUGUUCAGCGUGAACUCUGCAGUGUUAUGCAUAUCAAUUAACCUUAAAACAUGAAGAUUUUAGUUUUUUAACUAUAAAAUAUUAGUUCUUUCAAUAGAAAGAUUCUUGUAAAAUGUUAAGUACAGUGAAUUUAGUUUAUUGGCGAAAGUAGAAAGAAAGCUCUACAAAUGAAUCCGAACAAUCGCAAUGAGAUGGAUCUCAGUGAUAUCAAAGAGGACGAUGUUUAUUUGUUUUAUAUUAUUCUUUCUCUUAUAUUUAUGCUAUUCAUUGAAUUCUUGCUUAGUUGACGAAAACAAGUUUACAAUAAAAUACUUACAACUAAAGCAGCAUAUAUCAAAGUACAGGGCUGCAAGCAUUCGCUUCGCUUCGUUGUUUGGGUUCAGUGUAGACGAGAGUUACAAGUACAGGCGGCUGAAGCAAAACCAAGUGCCGGUCAAGAGAUUACCCGACGCACUUAUUAUAGGGGUUAAGAAAUGUGGGACGAGGGCACUGCUGGAGUUUUUGAGAUUACAUCCAGAUGUCAGGGCAGCGGGGUCAGAGGUGCACUUCUUUGAUAAAUUCUAUCACAAAGGCUUCGAAUGGUACAGGGAUAAAAUGCCACCAACACUUGAAGGUCAGAUUACGAUGGAAAAGACCCCUUCAUACUGGGUGACGAGGUCAGCACCUAGACGGGUGUACGCCAUGAACCCCAGCGUCAAACUGUUAGCAGUAGUGCGGGAUCCAGUUACGAGGGCCAUCAGUGAUUAUACGCAGUCAGCCAGUAAAAGACCAGCGCUCCCUCGCUUCGAAGACCUAGCCUUAGUGAACAGCUCCGCCGCCUGGGGCGGAGCACCCUCCGUAGUGGACGCAUCUUGGCCGCCCGUCAGGCUGGGCGUAUAUGCGCGACCGUUGAGACGGUGGCUACGAAGAUUUCCUAGGCCAAGGUUACUGCUCAUCAGUGGUGAGAGGCUCGUUGCUGAUCCUGCUGCUGAAAUGGCUAGAGUGCAGGAAUUCCUGGGCUUGAAGCGGGUGAUAACUGAAAAGCAUUUUUAUUUCAAUUCCACGAAAGGCUUUCCUUGUCUCCUGAAAUCUGAGAGUCGUUCCACUCCACAUUGUCUUGGCAAGACGAAAGGCAGAAGCCAUCCUCACAUAGACGCGAAAACUUUAGAAAGACUGAGAGACUUCUACAGGCCGUUCAACGAAAGGUUUUACCAGUUGGCCGGAAUGAACUUCGGAUGGCCUUAAAAAGUUGUGAUUUUGAACUUUUUGGAUUGAUGAAGAACAGUGACUACCUAUAAAAUUAU